AUGGAGAAGGUCAUAUUGAAAAUUGCAUUUGGCGCCACUCAGUUGAAUGAAUUCACGUCUUAUCGUUGUGGUGUCAUUGUACCGUUGAACAAGAAAGUGAUUUGCAAGGAAUUCAAUUUAAAACACUGGCCAAUUACACAUGUAUGGAAGAAUAUUUUUCAAAAUAUAUUUCGUUUAAAAUUGUUACAACGAUUUCAAGAAUCUCAGUCUACACUGGAUAAAGAUUUUCUUGUAUCCUAUGAAAUUGGCAUAGAUGAAACUAAAUUCACAAUCUUAACCAACUUCUGUCCUUAUGGCAAUCUUUUUGAAUGGUUUCAACAAAGAGCAUCAUUCCACGUGGAGGAUGUUUGUCAUAUUGUACAUCAUCUAUGUCUGGCUCUUGAUUAUCUGCAUGGCAGAAAUAUUUUUCAUGGAAAUAUCAAACCAUUCAAUAUUUUCUUUAAAACAGACAGCUCAACUUCAGUUUCAUUGGCACUGGAUUUCAGUGUGCUGACAGAAAUCAAUUUGUUGACUAACAAUAUUAAUCAAAUGUUUAUCUACUUAUCACCUGAAUAUCUGGAUCUGGUAGUGGAUUCCGCUGCUGACUUUCAUUUGAACUCCUUGGAGAAUAUCUGCCAAACGGUGAAUGACUUGUGGAAUAAGAAGUCAUCUCAAAUGGAUUCCUGGUCUGUUGGUAUAAUCAUGCAUCUACUGAUAACAGGUAGACUUCCAUUUCUGGAAUAUAAAGAAAUGUCCACAUUGUUGAAUGACAUGAAGAGGAAUUCAUGCAAGUUGGUGGCUCCAAUACUUUUCAGAGUUGACCCGUGUAUCCGUGAGACAAUUGUGUCAUUGCUGCAAGUGAGCACAAAUAUGAGGAGAAAUGUCAGUGAACUGGCAACAUCUAACUGGUAUUCCGAAAUGAGUGAAGGAGAUAAGAGACAAAAUUUGAAACCAAUUAUUGAAUACAACUUUCUCAGUACUUUUAUGCAACAUCAAAUGGAGUCAGGAAAUACUCUUGAGACGAUGAAAAAGUGGAUGGAGAGGAGAAAAUUGGAGUGA